CCUCUAACCUUUUCCUAUCUCUGUAUUCCAAACCAACCCGCGGCGCCAACGCUGCAGUUCUUUUUCCGGUCAGGGCGCCGGAAGUGCUGGUCUCCGUUGGAAACGCGGCCUGACGAGGUAGUUGGAGCCAAGUCGGAGUAGGGUGAGAAGCGGGGGAAAGGAUGGGUCGUAGGAAAUCAAAGCGGAAGCCUCCACCCAAGAAGAAGAUGACUGGGACACUGGAGACCCAAUUUACUUGCCCAUUCUGUAACCAUGAGAAAUCCUGUGAUGUUAAAAUGGACAGAGCUCGGAAUACUGGUGUCAUAUCCUGUACUGUGUGCCUGGAAGAAUUUCAAACCCCUAUAACCUAUCUUUCGGAACCAGUGGACGUUUACAGUGAUUGGAUAGACGCUUGUGAGGCAGCCAAUCAGUAGCAACAACUGGAGAAGAAUCUGCCCGGCAUUGACAAACCUUCUAAAUUUGGGUGGGUGGGUGGGAGGGGGUGUGUUAUAUAAUGCAUUGUUACACAGUGCAUAGACGAUACAACUGGAGUAGUUGGGAAAUGAUGGCUUUUGUGCUGUUUGUUUCUAUCCAGUAAUCUUGUUCUAUUACAUGUCUUUUGAGAGACUUUGCCUCUGGAAUUAAGGGACUAAAGACUGUCAGUCGGACCUAAAAGAGUGGGAAAGGCUAGUAUGAUCUGUGAGCUGCUGCCUAGCCAUUGGAGAUCUUGCUCUACCAGACUGCAUUGGCUAUAGUCCAUCACAUGUUGCUGCUCAAUUUAUAGAAGAGAUGUCAUGAUAGCUUGGUUCUCAGUGAUAUUCCUUGGAAUGUUGUGCUUCUUUGUGGCUAUGAUUGAAGUGCUGUGUUUGGGAAGAAAGAAUACACAGAAUAUAAGAGGAAAUCCCCUCCUGAUCCCAUAAUUCUUUGAACUUCAUUGGGGCAACUUACCUCUUGAUCGGUUUUCUCCAUUUAGUAAGGAUGACAGUGUGUUGUGCUACUCCUGACAGUGCCAGAAGAAUAUUAUACAAUCUUUUCCCUAUCAAGAUGUCUUUUUCUGUGCACAUUUAUGUGCAGGAAGUUUCUCUCUUAUUUCGUACUAUGCAACAGGGCAAGUAGAAUUUCCCAGACUGUCUUUGGUCUCUGCAUGGUGCAGUGAAAAUGCCUGCAGUUCCUCUUUGAUUUUACUCUUCCAGACGGGACUAUAUCAAAUGAAGAGAAUGUUCUUUUAUUUGGUAUUACUUAUUCAGAAGCUAAUUGUUUCUGUGACUAGGUCAUCUGUGUCGCUGGAUAUGGGAUAUUGAGAAUUCUAUCAUGGCAUAAUAAAUGCUCAGAGGAACAAGUCAGUCUGCAUUUUGGAAAAAAUUGUGCCAUCUUUUGACAAAUAGGUGCUUGUAUUAUGUACAUAAGUGAAGUUGAAUAGUCUAUUAUAAAAAAUCCUUCAUCUUGUAUAUGUGUGUUUUUAACAUCCUUUACAAUGCACUACCACUUGCUCAGUGAUCAUAUACCCUGCCAGUUUUGCUUAGCUGUUUUUACCAGGCUUGUUUCCUAAGAUCAGAGUACCCACAAAUCCCAGCAUCUUCAAUACAUAUGAAUGGCAAGCUCUGAAGAUCUCAACAUGGGGUUGGGUGGGAAUGAAUGUAUUAUUCUGAAUUUGGAAAUCCAUUCUCAGCUUUCCUCGGUGCUAUGAGGAGAGCCUUCAUCUGCUUCCUGAUGGUUAUUCUAAGAUCUCAGCUGCUGCGCUGUUAACUCUCAUCUUUAAAAUCCAAGGCAGGAUGAAUUCUGUGCUCCCUUGGUAAACAGAUCCCCAUAUGGUUGUUGCACGGGGAUCUGUUGUCGAAGGCUUUCAUGGCCGGAAUCACUGGGUUGUUGUAUGUUUUCUGGGCUGUAUGGCCAUGUUCCAGAAGCAUUUCCUCCUGACGUUUUGCCCACAUCUGUGGCAGGCAUCAGAGGUUGCGAGGUAUCUGAAGAUGCCUGCCAUAGAUGUGGGCGAAACGUCAGGAAAUAAUGUUUCUGGAACAUGGCCAUACAGCCCAGAAAACAUACAACAACCCUGUGAUUCCGGCCAUGAAAGCAUUCGACAACAGAUCCCCAUAUGCUUGUAUGUAGAUAAUGUCCAAGGAAUCGGAACUCAUAUCUUGUUUACAGUGUAUUUAAGGAGCUUCUGCAAUAGAUACUCCUUAUAAAUAAAUGCUAUACUGGAAAAGUG